AUGUGUUCCUUGGCUCUGUUCCCCCCUCCGCUGCCCGGCUAUGGAGAGACUUCUCAAUACGACGAGUCCAACACAGAUCCAGCAGUCUGGUUUGGGGAUUCACAUCCUCUGAAUCUGUACUUCCCGGGAGAGUCACUGAAACCUCGCAGCCGCCAAGAGAGCAGCAGCAAGGCAGCCUUUCGGGACCACUGUGAGACACUACGUGAUGCAGGCCUCUCUGGACUCCUAAAUGAAAUAGCCAACUCCAGUGCAGAGGUGCCCAAGUGGCGAGAGGUUAGCUCUAGCUGUGUCCUGGCUUUGCUACGGUGGGUCUCCUCCUUCUACGGCUCUCUGUUCCUUCAUCUCACAUUAAGCAGCGAGGACGUGACCGCUGAGUUUUCCCAGGUGCUCAACUGUGCUAAUACUCCCACCCUAAAGCACCGUCUGCAGCACAGUGUGGCAGCCCUGCAGUGGAAGCCUCUGUGUGUGUCUACCCUGGCUGUGGCCUGUCACAACUGCCUGCUGGUCUGGCACGUGGACCCCACCUCGUUCUCUACCAGACCUUCUGGCUGUGCCCAGGUCCUGUCCCACCCAGGCCACUCCCCUGUCACUUCCAUGGCAUGGUCACCUAACGGAUCUCUCCUGGUGUCGGCCUCUCCCAGGGACACUGCCAUGCUGGUGUGGGAUGUAGCUGUUGAGAGCUGUGUGCCUCUCUACCGAGGGGGAGGAGUCACGUACCUAUCCUGGUCCCCUGAUGGCAGUCGCGUGCUGGCAGCUAAACCCUCCUACCUCUUCAGGGUUUGGGAAACCAGGAUGUGGAUUUGCGAGCGGUGGCCUUGUCUGAAGGGACGCUGUCAGUCUGGCAGUUGGAGUCCUGAUGGGAGUCGGCUGCUCUUCAGUGUGCAAGGAGAGACUGUCAUCUAUGCCCUAACUUUUACUGACACCCCAGGGAUGCCGAAGGCAGCAACAGUGGUGGCCGACCUGUCUGAGACAACCUUAAAUACACCAGAUGGAGAUAUGGCGGUCGGAGGAGAGAUCCAGUCGCUAGCGUGGGACCCGACAGGAGAGAGACUAGCCGUGCUUCUCAAAGGAGAUGCUGAAGCAGGCCACGCUGCCAUGAUCGCAGUGUUCAAGACUCAAAUCAACCCCGCUUUUAAGCUUCUGCCAUGUGGUUUUGUUCAGGGGGAGGCUGGGACAGAGCCCAGACUGAUGCAAUUCAACCCAGCUCACUGUGGUCAGUCUCUACAAACGCUGUUCUUUACAUUUAGGGGACCACCAGGCAUUUAGAUGUUUCCCCACAGUGCUGCUUAAACUGAUCUUAACGCUAUAGUUUACUUUCAAUUUUAAAGUUAUUUGUUUGUUUUUUGUUUUACUCAAAAGUAGUUUAUGCAUUAAUGUCAUUUGAAUGGGAAAGAUGGGCAAUGAGACUUCAACUAGAAAUUGUACACGGUCUACACACUGAUCAUUCCAUUUGACAUGGCUAUUGAUGUGCUGCAGUGAAUAGAGCACGAGGUCUAGCUAGGUGGCGCUAAACUCAUCUCAGUGACACUAGUGAUGUUGUCUCU